AUGGCCUCCCCGAACUCCCUUUCGUCCGCAUACAACAGCGGUCUGUAUCAACAACCUUCCCGACCCAUGUCCCGAUCUACGGUUUCUCGUUCCACAUCCAGAAGGGUCUCCCCAGCCCUCCCACACGCCGGGUCCAAAACAUCCUUAUCACGCCAUUAUUCUGCGGGGGACAGCUCUGAUGAUGAGGUCCCCGAACCGAAAUUCAGCGCUUCUGUGAAGGCAUUAUUAGAUGGAGAUGGAUUGGGAUCUUCACCGCACCUGCAAAAGGGACAUGCAGCAUAUGAACGACGAGCUGCCGCAUUAGGCUCGAGACAUCCAAGCCUGUCGCCACGGAACUCACCACCUCUUGAUAACUCGACUGGUAGCCCGGCCCCACGAGUAGUUCGAAUUGGUGGUUCUAGAUUCUCCCGCGAGGGUUCUCCACUCUCCAAUAGUCAGAGCAUGCAGUCAGAGGCUCAAGAUCGACCUGGCGAUUUCAUCACACCUGCGCCUCGACCACGAAGUGUUCGGAUCAAUGCAUCCCGUAGUCAUACGCGAUCUCCAUCUUCAAUGUCACCAUCUCUAAAUCGAUCUUCAGAGCGAAAUUCUGGCGAUGAAUAUGGGAGCGGUGAUCGAUCUGAUAGUGACCGCAAAGCACACUAUGAGGAUGAUCCCAUUGCACGAAUUGGAUCCUCAGUACUCCGAAGUCGUCAUGUUGAUGAGUUUGGUCCCCAAAGUUCUCUGCGUGUCAAACGGGUUGGGCGAUUAACUGGCACAUUUCUCAACGGCCCUGCGCGAAGAGGUGUAUUGCGCAGACAGAGCGAAGAAAAUAAUGAGGAGAACUACCUGCUCGACGGUGUGAGGGAGAAUGAUGACAUUGAACCUCACCCCCGUGACACAGCCAAACCAUCAUCACCCAAGGUGUCUUGGGCUGACCCAAGCCCGCCGCGUGAAGAUGACUGGCGCCGCUCCGAUCAACCUGCAAGCUCCUCAAGAGGUGAAGGCCUUUUCUCAAGAUCAUCCUCUCCAAAAUCCUAUGGAUCUCAAUCGAAGUCAACUCCAGGAUCAUCGGACCGGUCCUCUGGCCCAAGAGAACAGCCGGCAUUCAAAGUUCCAUCCUUGCCCCCACUGCCUUCUGUGCGGGAUCAGGAGAAUGAGCCGCCUCCGACCUUCAAGCGAACAAAGCCACAGGGCUUGGGUGUGUUGGAUAAACCCGACAAGUUGUCAGCUAUGUACGACACCGAGAAAAAAGAACCUGCCAAAACACCAUCCGGAGACUCACCACGAAAAAUUCUUGCUAUUAGAAGUAAUAACACGCCUCAUCGGGCCGCUCCUCCACCUCCGAAGAUGUCUGUCCUCGAGACUGCCACCGCAACUGGUGGUGCAUCAACGUCACAGUCUCGGAAAAAGCGAACCCAAGUCUCCAUCAACGGCAAGCACUUUACUCGUCUCGACUGCAUUGGUCGUGGUGGUAGCUCUCGUGUGUAUCGUGUGAUGGCUGAGAAUUACAAGAUAUUUGCAUUGAAACGAGUCAAUCUUGAAGAUGUCGAUCCUCUCACACUUACUGGAUAUAAGGGAGAAAUUGAUUUGCUCAAGAAGUUGGAGAAUGUUGAUCGAGUCGUGCGCCUGUUUGAUUGGGAACUUAACUCUGACAAGCAUUGUCUCAGCGUUCUCAUGGAAAUUGGUGAAUCUGAUCUUGAGAAGAUCCUUACAUAUCGCAUCAAUGCCGAAGACGCUGUCUUUGACAUUAACUUCACUCGUUUUUACUGGAAAGAGAUGCUUGAAUGUGUUCAAGCUGUGCAUAACUUUAGCAUUGUCCAUUCCGAUCUGAAGCCCGCCAAUUUUCUGAUGGUGCAAGGGCGCUUGAAACUUAUUGACUUUGGUAUCGCGAAUGCGAUCCAAGACAACACUGUUAAUGUCCAUCGUGAACAGCAAGUUGGAACACCGAAUUACAUGUCUCCCGAGGCAUUGGUUGAUUCGAAUGCCUCCCUCGGUUUACCUGCGAGCGUUGGAAAAAUUAUGAAGCUUGGCAAACCUAGUGAUGUUUGGAGUUUGGGCUGCAUUUUGUACAAAAUGGUGUAUGGCCAACCUCCAUUCGCCAAGAUCGCCAAAUACUACGAGCGCAUCAUGGCAAUCCCCAACCCUCGUGUACAAAUUGAUUUUCCCGCCCAUGGAAUUGGCGGUGUUCCUGUACCACCUGGAUUGAUCCGAACCUUGAAGCGCUGCCUUCAACGAGACCAAACCCUUCGACCUACCAUUGAGGAAAUGCUUGGCCCUCGCGAUCCAUUUUUGCACCCCGAUGCCCAACUUGAGGGCGCUGUUCCUGUUACCCAAGAUAUGCUUGGUCGCAUUCUUGCAAAUGUUAUCAAUCACUGUAAAGCCCGGGGUAUUCCCAAGGAGGAAGAACUCGCUGCAUGGCCUGCCGGUUUCUUUGCAAAAAUUAAAGCAGCUCUGGAGGAAGAAAAUCCUUAA